AAAAGCAAUCAACCUUUAGCAUCAGGGGCCAUGAAAAAGUCCCUCUGUAGAAGAAACCAUGUGAUAGUUCCCAACCAAUCAGCAAGGAAAGGUAACGAUAAUAAUAAAUGUUAAAAUAGAAUUUUUAAAACAUUGUGUAUUUUUAGCAUUUUAAUAUUCAAUUGACAGUUAAAAUUGUAAAUUAUAUGAUUAGAUUAUCGAGACUACUGUAGACUAUCCAGUCGAAAACAACUGGACUGAUCAGGUUUUCUCGGAAGACGUUUUGCCUCGCAUUCGAGCGGGCUUUAUCAGUUCAUGCUCAAAGACUAGAUAGGACUAGACCAGGGGUGUCCAAGGUGCGGCCCGUAGGCCAUAUAUGGCCCGCGACUCUUUUUUUAUUGGCCCUCGGCACAUUCUAAAAAUACGAUUAAAUGAUAAAAUUAAAAAAAAAAAAGCAACAGCAAAAAUGGAAAAAAAAAAGCAGUAAUUUUACAAAAAUAAAGGCAAAAUAUUAAGGGAAUAAAGUCAUUAUAUUAACAUGAAAAAUUAGAGGGAAUAUUAUAGGAAAAAAGUUGUAAUAUAAGUUGAAAAUUGAGGAAAAUUAGGUUGGGUGAAUGCGAUAAUGUUACGAUAAUAAAAUCAAAAUAGUAUGAGAAUAAGUCAUACAAGUAGGAGGAAAAAAAUGUACAAGAAGAUUGUUGAAAUAUUUGUAAAAAAUAAAAAAAAAAAACAGCCAAAAAGUAAUGUAAGGAGAAACAGUUCAUAAUAAUAAUAAUACGCUUUGUCACUGAUAAAAUGAAUAAAUAUUUCUAUGUGUAAAUACAGUACAUAUAUACAUUAUAUGACAUUUUUUGGGGGGGGGGGUUGGUUUAUAAAAAAUAAUUUAAAAGCCGCCCCCGCAUCCUUUGAUUUUUCAGUAUGCGGCCCUUAGUGGAAAUAGUUUGGACACCCCUGGACUAGACUAUCUCGUCUAAAACAAAUGGACUGUUCAGGUUGUCUUAGAAGAUAUUUGUCCUCUCAUCCGAGCAGGUUUCAUGACUUCAUGCUUAAAGACUAGAUAGGACUAGACUAUGUAGUCUUUGAGCAUGUCCUAUUAAUCACAGUUUAUCCAUGUCAUUGUAUUCUCAGGGCAUUGACUCGAUCGCAUUCCCACAUUUAGUCGAGUCUAGUCUAGGUAGUCAAAGACUAGAUAGUAGGGGUGAUUAAAGCAUGCCGAGAUUUCUUGUUUGGAGAUCAAGUUUUACUUAAGAUUUGUCAGAUCAACCCACGUAGAUGUUCGGACAUGUCUGCACCCUUAAUCAUCAAGCGGUUCUAUUCACGCGCAAUGCAUUUGGCCCAGCGGCAACUUACAAGUACUGGAGAUCUCCGGUUUCGUUUCAUAACAUACCUCAUUCACAGAAGACAUCCGUGUUGAUUUUAGCGACAUGGUCGCUAUAUUUAACGAGUAAGGGUGUGCAUAUACUGUAAGGGUUUCUUGUGUCAUGCAUUGAUUUGGCAAUUAAAUACAAGCCAUCAAAGGUGAAGAAUCAGCCGAGCAGGUGAGCGGGAGUGAGCCCUAUCUCCGUAACGCCCUGCAAUGCACAUCUGAAAGCCCUCCGUGGCCUUGCUGCACCAUGCCUUCCUGGCAGAACAUGCAUGGGUGUCCAAAGUGUGGCACAGGGGCCAUUUGUGGAUUGUGGCUUACUGCAGAAAUAAAGAAAAACCCAGCAAAAGCGGGGGAAAACGGAGCAAAAAGGCAUACUGUAACUGAAAAAGGUGAAAUUUCUAUACUAAUGAAUAAAGAUGUAUACACGUAUAUGUAUGGAUGUGUUGUGUUUUUAAUAUAUAUUUUUUCAAUUAUAAAUAUCAAGAGACAAUUUAUGUUAAAAUCUCGUCUUUUUCGUGUGGACCCGGUCUGGUGCAUCGUCUCGUCUUGUGAGUUGGGUGUCUCGUGACACCUCCACUAGAUAGUCUAGUCCUACUUGCAGAUGAACUGACGAAGCAAAUAAGAGGUGAAGCGUCUAAGACCACCUGAACAGUCCAGUUGUUCUAGACCACAUAGUCUAGUCCUAUCUAGUUUCUGAGCAUGCGAUGGAUUCUAUGCCCUGAGGAAUACAAUGACCUGGAUGAAUGAGAAUAUUCACAGGCAUUGUGAUUAAUCUGAUUAAUUAAUCAGAUUCAUUUGACAGCCAUAAUAUAUCCUCUGUAUAUGGACGAGUUGUCUCAUUAACUGUCGAUUUGAGUGGAAAACAGUAAAAACUAGGACAGAUAGUUAGCAGGAUUUCAAAAAAACAAAAACAGAACUUUGUCGAGGGGCCAAGGGAAAAACCGUUAAAAUCUAGAUAAAAGGUGCAGAUCCAGGAAUGUCUUUUCAUUAUCUGUCCACACUCCUGACUCAUAUUGGUACCUCCUGCAUGUUUUAUCAGCCUCCAUAAAUCAGGAAGUAGUAGUACUCGCUGACAAAGAAACGAGUGACAUGGUGGUUAUGCAAGGUCAUUACUGUAUUGAUAAAAUGAGUAAGUGACUUUUGCACAUUAAAACAUGAAACUAUAAAAACUGUACUAUACUUAGUUCACUACAAUUAUCUUCCUGGUCAUCGUGGUCAAUGUCGCACUGCCCCGACCCCUCCAAUCCCACCCUAGUCCAGCUGUUAACAUCAGCUUUCCAGUUUCCCAAGCCCCCAGAAUGCCCUGACUCGGGACCCCUUUCUGGUCCUGCACUCCCCCUGGCCUGACUGCCUGCUCCUCUUGGCAGCCAAACAACCAGGGGAGGAUCAGGACAACCGGACAGCCCAGAUAAGUACCACAUGAAGAUUCCCACAUUACCUCACUCAACCAAGUUGGUCCUUGUGCACUUUUCGCUUUGACAACUUACUGAAAUCCUAAUUGGAGAACAUGCGCUCAUUGUAACUUACCGGAUGACUGGGAAGGAAGUGUCCAGCCAAUGGGCGUAGACUAAAGCGAUUCAGGACCGUUCGCUCAUCCCGGGAUUAGUUUCUUCUUCUUUGAGAGCACACAUGGCGGGAAAUCCUCUGGAGAGUUUCAUGUCGGUCGCCUUGAGCCACCAGCCGGCGGAACCCUCGAUGCAGCGACCCCCCACGAGCGGCAGCCCUCGAUGCCUGCAAAGACGUAGGCAGAGCAUACGCAGCAGUCGGGAGUGGGUGCCCUCUGGGUAUGGGCCCAGAUCAAACUCUAGCUCCGUCUGUGGGUCUGAGGUCCCGACCAGCACCACACGUGCCCAUUACUCCCCAGAAAGUGCGGCACGGGAGAGAAGCCGCGUACGCAACCUGCGCCAGGCCUUCCACAGCCUGCAGGCUGCUCUUCCAUCUGUCCCUCGUGACACAAAGCUCUCCAAACUGGAUGUUCUUCUUCUGGCUACCAACUACAUUGCCUACCUGACACAGACCUUGGACCAGGGAAGAACUGUUUCUGAGCACACCUUGCCAUCAAGACCAGGCGGAUACCUCCACCCUGUUAAGAAAUGGCCAAUGCGUUCCCUGCUGUACUGUGGCAGUGUGGGGGAAGUGCUUUCAGGAGUCCCAAAUAAUCAGAGGCCUCCAUCUGGACAGGAGGAAGCACACCUUCUUGGCCACGCAGUGGAAGGAGACAAGGACUGUUAAGAACUUUUGGGACCUAACAUUCAUCCUGAUGAAUAUUCUUUUAUGUGAGGAGUGAGGAUUUGGUAUUAGUUGGAGAGAACACAACGUACCGCACUAAAAAUGGAAGAACACAUCAACUAGCAGAAAAAGUAACAGCUUCGGCAAAGGGAUGGCUCGGGCGAAAAGCAACGAGGCAAGCAGGAAGCCAGAGUAGGAAAAUGUGCUAGCUGGCAAGUAUAAAAAGCAAAUGAAAUACCGGAAGCAGCUUUCACAGUAGUAAGGUGUCACUAGUGAAACUGACAACUACAACUAAUUAACAAGUGGAUGCUGGUGUGCCUCGUUGCUCCGCCCUGCACAGGAAAUAACGGAAUCUGGACAGGAAACACAAACAAGUAGGAGAACAAAUUCAAACUAAAAUGGCAGAACGGGAGCACAGAACAUGACAAGGAGACUCUGAUAAAGCAAAUAUGUUACUUUCAUAGUUAGAACUAUACUUUAUAUGUGUAGCCGCCGGAACAAUAAGCAGAAGAGUUGACAUUUUGAUGAACUGCGCGCAGAUAAAAUGCAUCAUUUUGGUUGAUUAUGACAUUAAAGGUCAUUCUACAAGCAUACUACAGUGUCAGUGCAAUGGCAGUACCACUGUGCUCUACCACUCUCUGUUCGCAUCUAAAAUGACCUACAAUGCCAAACAGGUGCCUCCUUUAGCCUCUUAAACCCGGGCUUGAGAGACUUGGAUCAAAAAAUCCAAAAUAAGCCAUGCAUGUCGAAGGUCUACAUAGAUGAUCAUGUAUCAAAGUAAAGACUUUGAUGCUUACUGUAGAUGUGCAAAAUGAAAACUGCCCGGGAAAAAUGAAGGGACGGCAUCAUGUUUUGCUUCACGAUGUCACAGGACAUGUUGGAAUUCAUUUUUCCUUCAAUGUACCGUGCUGGCAGCACUUAUUUAGCCCCAUUUUCAGUAGAUAGAUAUCCAAGUUUCAUUUCUGUACUAUUGUCCCUUGAGAAGAAAUACUGUAUUAAAAAUAGUGCUGAAAUGUGAGGGCUGUACUCACUGUGUGUGUGUGUGCGUGUGUGUGUGUGUGUGUGAAGGGAUGUUCAGGCAGAUAAGCAGUAAAGGAGGGAUUGUUUAGGGAACAGAGCAGCUGUGUGACCACCUCCUAUCAGAGCAGUGAUGAGCAUUUAGUCAUCAUUACAACCAUGCAGUGAAAUAUAACAUAAACACCAUCUGUAGAAGCGCAAUAUAUGUGUGUGUGUGUGUGUGUGUGUGUGUCACAUAUGAGGUCCAUGUAAUAGCCAUUUUUUAAUAUAUCAUGGCUGGGAUCAUUUCUUUUGUCUUGAUACUAAUAAAGCUAUUUU